UCAUUCUUUUUGUUUUGAUCCAAUUGAGCUCGUCCCGUCCUUACUCUACGGCACCUUAACUACCCAGUGCUAGUGUUGUCCGGAAAGCCAACAACAAGACGGGAAAGAUGGCGCAAAAAACAACCCUGAAGGAAUUUGAGUCCGUCUUCCCCAAGCUGGAGGCGGCUCUCCUCGAGCAUGCCAAGUCCUACAAUCUUCCGCAGAAGGCGCUUGACUGGUACAAGCAGUCCCUCGAGACCAAUGCGGUAGGCGGGAAGUGCAACCGCGGCAUGUCGGUGCCGGACUCGGCCUCAUUGCUGCUCGGCCGGCCCCUGACCGAGGACGAGUACUUCAAGGCGGCGACGCUGGGGUGGUGCACCGAGCUCCUGCAGGCCUUCUUCCUCGUUUCGGACGACAUCAUGGACAGCAGUAUCACCCGGCGGGGAAAGCCAUGCUGGUACCGCCAGGAGGGCGUCGGCAUGAUCGCCAUCAACGACGCCUUCAUGCUCGAGGCGGCGCUCUACUCGCUCCUCAAAAAGUACUUCCGCAACCACCCGCGCUACGUCGAUCUGCUCGAGCUGUUCCACGAGGUCACGUUCCAGACCGAGAUCGGCCAGCUGUGCGACCUGCUGACGGCGCCCGAGGACAAGGUCGACCUGGACAACUUCAGCAUGGAAAAGUACCGCUUCAUCGUCAUCUACAAGACGGCCUACUACAGCUUCUACCUGCCCGUGGCCCUCGCGCUGUACAUGCUCGACCUUGCCACCCCGCAGAACCUCAAGCAGGCCGAGGACAUUUUGAUCCCGCUUGGCGAGUACUUCCAGAUCCAGGACGACUACCUUGACAACUUUGGCCUGCCCGAGCACAUUGGCAAGAUCGGCACCGACAUCAUGGACAACAAGUGCUCGUGGCUUGUGAACCAGGCGCUCGCCAUCGCGACGCCCGAGCAGCGCAAGGUUCUUGAGGAGAAUUAUGGCCGCAAGGACAAGGACAAGGAGGCGGCCGUCAAGAAGCUGUACGACGAGCUCCAGCUUGAGCAGCGGUACAAGGACUACGAGGAGAAGCGCGUUGGCGAGAUCCGCAGCCUCAUUGACCAGGUCGACGAAACCCAGGGCCUGAAGAAGGGCGUCUUUGAGGCCUUCCUGGCCAAGAUCUACAAGCGCAGCAAAUGAUUGACUCUGGUAUCAGUGUCCGGCGAACCGCACUCGACCGUAUUCUCUGGCAAUGUUCUGUUCAACACAAUAUCACUCUUUGCCAGGGAGAACAAACAGAUGUUUUUGUCUAGCAAACCUCUUGUAAGCCUAAUAAUACCCAUUUAGCCAUCCUUGCGAAUAGACGGCUUGAAAACGCAUGCGA